UUUGUAAUUUUAUUAAAAAUUUGUAUGAUCUAUUGAAUGAAAAUACUCAAUUGAGUGCAAAAAUGGGUGAUGUGUAUUUAGAACAUAGUCAACGAACUCGUUCAGCAAAAUUUAAGCAAUAUAUAGCAUGUUUUGCAGCAACAAUUGCAUUGUUUGAUGAUGGUUUAAUGUAUGUCUGGCUUUCACCAGUAAUUCCAAAAUUAAUAGCAGGAGAUUCUGGGAUAUCAAUAACUUCAGAACAAGAAUCAUGGCUCACAUCAAUGCUGUUAAUAGCUGCGCCAAUUACAGCAAUAUUUUCAAUACAAUCAAUUCGCUUAAUUGGCAGUAAAAAUUUAAUUUUAUUGAGUAAUAUUCCAAUGAUUUUAUCACUCUUAUUGAUCAUAUUUUCAACAUCUGUUAUCGAAUUGUAUAUAUCAAGAUUUUUAGCUGGAAUGUGUGAUGCAAUGUGCUUUGUGGGUGCACCCGCAUAUAUUGGAGAAAUUUCAGAACCAUCUUCUCGUGGAAUAUUGUCAACAUGUAUUAUGAUUUCAUACAAUUUGGGAGCAGUUAUUACUCUAUACUUUGGUUAUGUCCUUCCUUUGAAAACAUACCCACUGUAUUGCCUUCCAGCUCCAUUUAUAAUGUUUAUUCUUUUCCUGUUCAUGCCUCAAUCACCUUCUUAUCUAGUAUCAAAAGGUAAAGUUGAAGAAGCUAAAAAACAAUUGGAAGUGAUUCGUGAUUCUGAUAUUUGUGAAGAAUUUGCAGACAUCAAAACAAGUAUCGAAAAUGAUGUCAACGUUUUUGCGAAUUUUUUGAAUUUGUUCCGAGUGAGGGCCAAUAUAAGAGCUACGUAUAUUAUAUUUAUGACAGUAUUUAUUUGGCAUUGUUCAGGAUUUAUUAUUAUGGCUAUAUAUUUACACACAAUUAUCUUGGAAGCACAAAUUAAACUUCCUGAAACAACUUCCAUUGUAAUAUAUUCUCUUGUACAAGUUCUGUCAGGAAUAGCUAGCACAUUUUUUGUAGAUCGAUAUGGUAGAAAGCCAUUAUUAUACAUUUCAUGCACUGGCACAGCCGUAUGUUUAUGUGCCUUAGGGACUUUUUUUUUCUUCAAAAAUAUGAACUACAAUGUUGAAUCAGUGACGAUUUUACCAUUGAUCGCCUUAAUUUUAUAUGUAUUUUUCGUAAGUAUUGGAUUAUGUAAUAUUCCAAUUGUAUAUACAUCAGAAUUAUUUGCGUAUAAUAUGAAAAAUUAUGCUGGAGCUUUAUUCUCUCUCAGUUAUAAUUUAUUUGGUUUGGGUGCAAAUUAUUUAUUUCUGGUUUUAACUAAACAUUGGGGUAUGCAUGUUUUGUUCUGGACAUUAUCCGUGGCCACAUUGUUUGGAGUGUUAGUUACAUAUAUUUGGUUACCGGAAACCAAAAAUAAAUCAAUUAUUGAAAUUCAAAAUUAUUUAUCAUCGCGUAAAAGUAAAGUAUCGUUACGUAAGAGCUACGUAGAUCUUACAGGAAAAAGUUGAUACAAGAAUAUAAAAUAGUAUAUUAUACAUCUAGGGAACAAAAGUAAAUAAUGUCUCAGAUCUCAUGUACAAUGCCCGAGGCGAAGCCGAAGGUGACAAAUAUGAGAUCUGAGACAUUCUUUACUGACUCCCGUGGUGUGUGUGUCCUAUUUUUCUCCCCGACGGAGGUGGAAAACGGCAACUUUGUUUUGUAAAGUGGGUAGAAAGUUGAUACUUUCUGCACGGAGAUGAGAAAAAUUUCAUUUAUCAUUGUUUGCUGUACUGAAAAAUUGUUUUUGCCUUAGUAGUGUUUAUAAUUUAUUCGCCUCGUUGUUAUUUUAAAUUGUAGUUUUUAUCUUGAAGAAAAUUAUUCUAUUUGUGUGAUAAGGUUGUCCGAAAAUAAGCCUACUGCACUUCGGAAGGUGAUUCGGCACGAAUAGGAAGAAAAACAUGAUCCCUUAUAUGUGUGAAAAUCAUAAUUUGUAAGCCCGCUGGGGCAUCAUAACUAAAUUAUUCCUAAAAUUACAAAU